AUGUCUGGCAUCCCGUCAACCUUUAAGGCGGCCGUCCUGCCCUCGCCCAAGAGCCGGCACAUCAUCUCCGACCGCUCGCUCAGCGCCCUUGGCCCAGGUGAGGUCGCCAUCAAAAUCACUGCUACGGCAAUCAACCCGGUCGACUGGAAGAUCCGCGACCAGGGCAUUCUUCUGGGUGAUUACUACCCGGCCGUGAUUGGAUCCGACGCCGCUGGUGAGAUCGCCGCGGUUGGAUCCGAUGUGUCUACAUUCACCAAGGGCGAUAGGGUGUUCUUCCAGGGUAUCCUCGGUAGUUUCGACAACUGUACUUUCCAGCAGUACUGCAAGCUGCCUGCCGAGCUGGUGUCUCACACACCCAAAAACAUCAGCGACGAGCAGGCAGCUGGCAUUCAGCUGGCUCUGAUGGCUGCGUUGAUGGGUUUCUACCACAGCACCGGCCACGGCCUGUCCCCUGGGCCUUGGCAUUUCGAGAAUGGUGGCAGAGAGGUCGGCAAGGGAAAGUCCAUUGUGAUCUUGGGUGGCAGCUCCUCGGUCGGCCAGUACGCCAUCCAGUUGGCUAGGCUAUCAGGCUUCGAGAGGAUCGUGACCAAUUCGAGCGCCUCGCACGUCAAGCACCUGAAGAGCCUUGGGGCUCACGUGGUUCUUGACCGAAAGACACAAUCGAAGCCCGAGGACUACCGCGAUGCAAUCGGCGACCUGCCCUUGGAAUUUGUCUGGGACUCCAUUGCGGAGAAGGAGACGGCCAAGCUUGGAAUCGCCAUCUUGGGCCUCGUCAAGACGACUUCUGAGCAGCGCCAAGUUGUUGGUGUGUGGAACCCCAACGACAACCCAGACCCAAUGGCUGGCCCGUACCCAGAGGUCGUCGAGGCUGGUCUGGCUGCGAAGCCCAAGGUCAACGUCAAGCAAAUCUUGGGACUGGGCAGUGCUCCGGAUAAACGCUAUGUCAGUGAACCUGUCAUCAAGGCCAUUGGCGGCGAGCGUGGAUGGAUCGCAAAGGGCUUGUUCCAACCCAACCGGCCGAUCGUGAUUGAGGGAGGUUUGGCAGCUGUGGAUGAGGCGCUGGACAGAAACAAGCAGGGCGUUUCUGGAGAAAAGGUUGUCAUCAGGCCAUUUGGUCCAUGA